AUGGCGGCAAUGACGAAUCUUGCGAAUAUCAUGGGGGCUACCGCUACUGCGACUCUACAAGCUGUGCAGAGGUUAGGCCAACCAGCUAGAAACGGAAAAGAAAUUGGUGAAAGAAAUGCAAAUGAGAAUGCGGAAGGAAACGGAGAUAACACGAGAGGUGCUCUGAUGACCUUGGCGAUCUUUCUCAAGGUUCAUCCUUCGAGUUUUCGAGGUUCAACUAAUCCCACGGAAGCGGAUAAUUGGUUCCAAGCUAUGAAACGCGCACUGCAAGCACAGUAUGUCCCGCAUAACCAAUACAAAGAGUUUGCUGCUUACCAACUUCAGGAAGAGGCCCAGCAUUGGUGGCAGGAAAAAUGCCGUUUGCUACAGCUCCAGAAUGCAGAUGUUCUUUGGGAUGUAUUCCAAACGGCCUUCUACAAGAAGUAUUUUCCUCAGUCGGUAAGGGAAGCAAAGGAGAUGGAACUAUUGCAGCUGGAGCAAGGUUCCUUGUCGGUGUCAGAAUAUACAAGCAAAUUCGAGGAACUUUGUAGAUUCUCUAAGGCGUGUCAGGGUGCCCCGGAGGCCUAUGAAAGUUAG